AUGUUCAUGCUCAAGAGCCUCUUCGGCAAGAUCUGGAGCGACACCAACAACCAGGAGCUCAUCCAGAUCCCUGCAGGUGCUCUCUAUUUGGUCCGACCCAGCGGACCCCAAGGCUCUCGCGAAUGCAUCUAUGAGGACGCCGUGCUGGCUGUCCGCAGGACCACCACACCAUACCACUAUCAGCUCGUCGUCACCAAGGCUUUCCAGGACUCCCAGCCCGAACUGGUGGACCAGGAUGAGGACGACCUCGAGGACGAGCGCGCUUUUCUCAUCGACGAAGCGCUCGGCUUCCGCCUCUCAACCCGCGGCAAGGAGCGCACCAUCGUAUGGAGAGACUUCGACGGCGAUGAGGACGAUCUGCUCGAGUUCGUCAUUGACAGCAAGCAGGUCAACGAGGUCACCAUUACCAUCUUCGAGAUCACCUACCUGCAGUGCGUCUAUGAGCACGCGUUCCGCACCAGCCACGAACGCGCCACCGAGGAGGACCUCGAUCGCCUGCGAUAUAAGGACGAGGCGGACCAGCAGUUGAAGCGAGAGCAGCGCAGCGAGCUCGACAAGAAGCUCGAGAACGCCGGCAUCGGCUCUCAGUCUACUUCUUCUUCCACCCCUGCAGCUGGCGCAGGAAGUGCAGCUGCUGACAAGUCUGGAAGAGGUGACAAGGCUGUGCCAGGUCCACCCGCAACAGUUGCACCUGAGGCCGACACAGCAGGUCCGCAGAUUGACGACAGCAAGGCCGUCGUUUCCAUCACUGCCGAUCUCUAUCUGUACGACCUCAAGUCUCAGUACUUCCUGACGCAGGAGCGCAAAGUCGAUGUCAAGAUCCUAGAAGCUGGUCGUUUCCUUUUCUGGCUUUCCAUCCGCGGCGCCGGCAAGGUCUGGCUCGCACAAAAGGUAGAGACGGACAUGAACAUGAACUUCUCAGGAGAACAGACCUCAGCGGUCUGGAACUACUUUACCGACGACCGACAAUGCUUCUCGUGGCUCCUACGCUUCCACGAGGAGGAGCAGUACUCCAACUUCCAGAAGGGCUACUCCAAGGUUAUCUACGAGACGCAGAACGAGGAGCCAUGGGCAAAAGCGAAGAGCGACGAACGCGCCUACGCAGAAACGGCUUACGAGCAGGGUGAGCCCAUGGACGUCGACGAGAUGAGCGAGAGCGAGGGAGAUGACAUGUCGGUCCGCACAGCCAGAGAGGAGGAGGAGGAAGACGAGGAGGACGAAGUGGCAGCAGAAUUGGGGUCCAAAUCGGAAGAAUCGGCUUGGCCAGAGGAGUCCUCCUCGCUCUUGGCAGGCCCGAGCGACGUCAACUCGUUGCUCUCCGUUGGCUACAAGUUCGAUCGAUCCUUCGUUGCGCGCGGUGACAAGAUCGGCGUCUUCCGUCACACCGAGGACAACAAGCUCGAGCACGAUACCACCAUCAACAACGUUGGCACACCAAGCGGCAAAGGCUUCCGACCAUUGAAGAUGAUGCUGCACAACCAGGACGCGCAGAUGGUCUUGAUGGACCCUGGCAACAAGAACGCCAUCUACAACAUGGAUCUCGAGUACGGCAAGAUCGUCGACGAGUGGAAGAUCCACGACGAUGUUCAGAUCAAUAAUGUGGUGGCCAACAGCAAGUACGCUCAGAUGACCGCCGAAAAGACUAUGAUCGGACACAGUCACAACGGCAUCUACCGCAUCGACCCUCGACUCUCCGGCAACAAGCUUGUCGAUUCAGAGUUCAAGCAGUAUGCAUCCAAGAACGACUUCUCGGUAGCAGCUACGGACAAGAAGGGUCGACUCGCAGUGGCAUCGAACAAGGGAGACAUCCGACUCUUCGAUUCGAUUGGCAAGAAUGCUAAGACGGCGCUUCCUGCGCUGGGCGACCCCAUCAUUGGCAUCGACGUUUCCUCCGACGGUCGUUACAUCAUCGCGACCUGCAAGACGUACCUUCUCCUCAUCGACACGCUCAUCGGCCAAGGUCGAUACGAAGGUCAGCUCGGCUUCGACCGACCCUUCCCGGCCGACUCCAAGCCGCAGCCGAAGCGUCUCACCCUACUUCCCUCGCACGUCGCCUACAUGGGUGCGCCCAUCUCCUUCUCCGCAGCCCGCUUCAACACGGGCACGGAUUCCGAGACGUCGAUCGUCACGAGCACGGGCGCCUACGUCGUCAGCUGGUCGUUCAAGGACGUGCUCAAGAACAAGCUCGGCUCGUACGUGCUUAAGCGCUACGGUGGCGAGGUCAUCAGCGACGAGCACGCCUACGGCUCGGACCAGGCCAUUGUGGUGGCGUUCGAACACGAUGUGCAGAUGGCCAAGAGGAGUCAGUUGUUGAAGCCUACACGUAAGUCGCUUGCUCCAUCCGGGUUUGGGAGGUCAUCUGGAGUGUAG